AUGUCGCUGAGACAGAGCCUGGCCGAGCUGCUGGUCUGCCUUCGAGACCCGCAGAAAGUGGCCAGCUUCCAGCGGCUGUGCGGGGUGGAAGAGCAGCGGCGGACUGGGGCAGACGCUCCGCCGCAGGGGGACCCCGGGGCGGCCCCGGAGGUUGGGGGCGGCUGCAAUCCAGACCGUUCGGCCUUUUCGGAGGGGAGCGGGGUCAAGCUCCGAGACUGCAGCGCCCGGAACGGCGUGAGGAACGGGCUGCCGGAGGCUGGCGGGGCCCCGGCCAAGGCCACGGCCAUAGUCACAGCCACGGCGGGGGAGCGCGAGAGCCAGGCAACCCUACGGAAUAGAGUGCCGGGUCUGCGGCGCAACUCCCUCACCGGGGAGGAAGGGGAAGUGUACGGAGUGCGAAACUGGCUCCUCUUCUACUUGUUCUGCUUUGGCACCGAGCUGGGCAACGAGCUUUUCUACAUCACCUUCUUCCCCUUUUGGAUCUGGAACCUGGAUGCCUUCGUGGGCCGGAGGCUUGUGAUCAUCUGGGUCCUGGUCAUGUACCUGGGCCAGUGUGCCAAGGACGUCAUCCGAUGGCCCCGGCCCGCCUCACCGCCCGUGAUUAAGUUAGAGGUUUUCUACAACUCGGAGUACAGCAUGCCCUCUACCCAUGCCAUGUCCGGCACAGCCAUUCCCCUCUCCCUUGUCCUCCUCACCUACGGCCGCUGGCAGUAUCCUCUUAUGUAUGGACUGGUAAUUGCCACCUGCUGGUGUUGUCUGGUUUGCCUAAGUAGAAUUUACUUGGGAAUGCACUCCAUUCUGGACAUUAUUGCUGGAUUUCUGUAUGCAAUUUUUAUCUUAGCCGUUUUCUAUCCAUAUGUGGAACUCAUUGAUAACUUCAACCAAACAUAUAAAUAUUCUCCGCUAAUUAUCAUCAGUUUGCAUUUAGCCCUGGGGAUCUUUUCCUUCACCCUUGACACUUGGAGUACAUCCCGUGGAGACACAGCUCAGAUCCUGGGCAGUGGUGCAGGAAUUGCAUGUGGAUCUCGUAUUGCUCAUAGCAUUGGCCUGGUGUCAGAUCAUCCUCUUGAUACCAUACCAUUAACUGUUCCCUCUAUCACCGUGACUCGUUUUGGAAAAGUCAUAUUACGGAUUCUAAUAGGAAUGGUAUUUCUGCUACUAAUGAGAAUUGUAAUGAAAAAGAUCACCAUCCCAUUGGCCUGUAAAAUCUUUGGUAUAAAAAAUGAUGAUAUUCGAAAAGCAAGACAGUGCAUGGAAAUUGAACUCACUUAUCGUUAUAUAACUUAUGGAAUGGUUGGCUUCUCUAUCACAUUUCUGGUUCCUUGCUUAUUUUUCUUUAUUGGCCUCUCUUGAUGGAGACCCAUCAUUUAUAAGAAAGGAUAGUAGUAUGUGAGAAUAAUUCUGAGGCAAAAGCCAGAUCAAUGCCUUUGCAGGAAUUUUACUUAAAUCAGUAUUUAAGUAAGUUUUAAGCAGACAGUGCUUUUUACCACUGUUAAUCUGGAUAUUGUUUUGGAGAAUGCUGAGCAAUUUCAUCAUGGAGAAAGUUAUGGACUAUCCCUUAAGUACAAUAUUUUGAGGUGUUUUAUUGCUAUUGUAUAAUUUGGGUUACAGAUCUAUAUAUAAUAUAUAUUUAGGCACAUAAUAUGUAUUUAUGCAUCUAAUGUAUAUUAUAUAUGAGUCUUAAUAAACUGUGGGACUGUAUAAAUAAAUACAAAUAAUAUGCAUACAGUUAUGUCUUUGUAUUUGGAUUUAAUGUAGGUAUGUUGUGAAUAGCCUGACCAAAAAAAAUUUCCUUUAUCUCGAAUGUGAGCCAUUUCCUAAUUAUUAGUUAAUGAAAACAGAAUUAGUAUACAAGCCACUUAUCUGUUUAUUGCCUCCUCCUACACCUUUCAUGCUAUACUUGUUAGUCUAAAUUGGAGGAAUUUAAAGGACCAAAUCUUAAGUAAAAUGAACUUUUGCAUUCAAAAAUUUUGGGACUUUUAGUUUUGUGUACAGUGUAAAAUACUUUGGUUUGCAUUCAUUCUAGAUAUAUCUAAAUUGAUUCAGGUACUGUAUUUUAUUGCUUAUUAAGUGUGCCUUUCUGUUGCUGUAUUAAGAGAUGCCAUGUAUACUGUGAUGUAAAAAUCAAACUGAUAACUUUAUCUUCAAUGACUUAUAAUUAAGGAAUUUAAAAAAACUUAUGUUGAGAAAAUUCUGAGGAGUUUAGAACUAAACUGUACUUUCCACAUUAACUUGUAUGUUAAUAAAUUGAAUGAACUAAA